GAUUGACCAGAGGUUAGUACAGUGCUGACGAGAAUUUAUGUCUGGCCAUGGUCAGUCCAACAUUAGCUGGUACUCGUACGGCGGGAUACCGUCAGGUGAUAUGAAUCACGUGGCUUUUGCGGUGCCGUAGUUGCCCUUUAACUGAAACGUUCCCCUUGUUCAGGCAGGACUUCCUUGUGUUCGCGAUGUCCAUGACCUCGGGAGAGAAUAACUCUCCUCCGAUGGUGGAAGAGCUUGCUUCUCUUAGGGAGUCAGUCGGAGAUAGGUAUCUUCGGAUUGCAAUUGGAGCACUCAGUCAGUCUCCAUCUGACUUGAAGACUGUGCCCAACACUCCGUUGCAGCCAGUGCCUCAGAAUGAAGAGACUCAAGGCUUUCGCACCUCUCAGCCUAUCAACUUGGAUGUAGACCAAUUCCGCACCCAAGGCUCGGGGUCCCAUAACACGUCUAACUCACUCCCCACCCCUCCUCCCGACCAGGGCACCCGUUCCCAGGACGCGUUUCGAGGCCCCCAUGACCAUGAAGCGCGUUCCGGUACAAGCUCGGAGUUUCCUGCGCCCUAUGUCAGCACCCGGACGCUGUUACACCGCCGAACAACUGGUAUCCUGGCACGUCCUCCUCGGUCCACUCACGAGAUUGUAUCCCUCAAACGGCAUAAUCGCUCUGCGUCUGUGGAUUCUUUCAUUGGCUCCGACGCGUCUCCCAAAGGUGAUGACUACAUACGCGCAAAACAAGCCCGUGAACGCCAAAACUAUCAGUCCCCGCGUAAAAGGCGCAAGGUGGAGGAAAAGGAUAGAGGGGGGAAUUUGCCCAUGCCUCUUGAUAAGGGCAAAGGGAGAGCCGCAGAACUGUCGGACACCAUCGAGAAGCGUUCCUUGCCGUCUGAACCAUGGGUCCCACCUCCCAACCCUCGAGUGCCCCUUCAGCCAGAACACCCAGAGACCUCUCAAAAACCCGAGGUUUUGGUCCGGUCGACCCCUCCAUCCUCGGGUCUCUCGGACCCCAGUCCACUCUCCCAAUACCCUGCGUUCAUGGACUUCGUGGAGCCGAAUCAACCUAGCUUCGGAAGGCCUACUUCCUCCAUUGACUCUCGGUCGCGCCAUUCCCAAUCCCGUGUAUGGCCUUCGGCGGGCCCACCAUCUGAUGCAGAGGUCUCACAUCACUCCCAUAGUGUGACACGCGCGGUUACGCCUGACCGACGGACGACUCGAACUUCGCCGCAUAUCAGUCCUACACAACCGACGCUCACGCCUCAGAAACGGGUUUUGCGACAGCCUGUAGUCUAUUCCAUGCGAAUGGAACCGCUCUCACUUGAUGAUGGUGGUUCUUCACAUGACAUUGCGCCUUCUCCAUACCCUGAAGAUCGCGCUCGUCAAAGUUCUGCCCUGCUUCCCCCUGCCACCAUUUCGCGAAGAGGCGGACGGACGGACGAGCAUACCACGCCAAGUCGCGAUACAACCAACAUGGGGGGAGCACAUCCAUCUGAUGUCAUGGAGAAUACACCUCGAACACCGCCUUCGGCCUCCGGCAAACGAACGUUAGUCCCGAAGCCCGCCGCCAGUGAUCGCGAGAGAGUAGCUGGUGUACCUCAUUCCCUAGCCAACCCCCCAGACGGGGAUUUUCCACCGCACGGGGUUUCUGGUAGGCGCCGCGCUCGGUCCCCAUUGAGAAAUUUGCGGCGUACCCCAGACACCCCGGCUUCUCCUUCCCGUGCGCAAAUCGCGAGGCCAUCCACCGGGCGCCUUCCUAUUGAGGCCCCCCAACUUCGCUCGGAUGGCCGUCAUGCCCCCUUUCGGAGCAGAGCAGAGGACUUUGCGAGUCCCACUAACUAUCGUAUUUCUCCGUCAAAGCGAGUAUAUGAGGCAAUAUCGGACAAGGAAGUUGAGCAAGAAAGCAACAACACACGUGAGGAGAGGGGGAAUGGAAAUGUGGAAACGGGUGAUGUUACCGCUGAGGAUAAGGUCAUUGCGAAACAGUUAGGCGAGGCCAUUGACCACAAGGAGACGACGGAAGAAUCGUUCAUACCUGGCCAUCCUGACGAUUUUGGCAUUCCUCGAAGACGAGGCACUUACGCUUCUGUUUCCCCUGCUAAAUCUCGGCGUAAACGCGCCCGAACUGCAACAUCUACCAGAAACACGACGGACGUCAAACAUGUGUCAGACGGUGAAUCAGCGGAUGAUCCCUCUCUUAACCCAUCACCCUCAGACGAUUUUCGCGUCUUCGCCCCUUGGGGGAAAGAGCAGCAUUUCUACCUAGGAACGGUCACCAGAGCGCGGGGCUCUGGGAAGUGUGAUGUGAAAUUUGACGACGGCGAGAUACGGCGUGAUGUUCACGCUGAGCAACUCAGGUCUUAUGCUCAAAAGGGCGACAAGAUCUGGCUUCUAAGAAAUCCUGAGACCGAGGCAGCGUCAGCGGUUGUUCGAAAGGUUCUUGGUGUCAACGAAGAGGGCAACUACCAGCUUCAUGUUAAGGAUGACGGCGGCGGCGAUGUUGUCCUUGGGACCAGAUAUGUUCGUGUCCCAAAGCAGGCAGAGUGGGACGACAAACGGUUGCUCACAAUCGAUGAUAUACCACUACAUCUAUUCAGAGCUAGUUCUCCUAUGAGCACGCGUUCGGGUUCAAUAAGGAGGGCGAUGCCGCGGCCCCCCUUGGAAGUUACAUCGCUCAGCCGCAGCAGAGUCAGUAGGGCCUCCACAACUAGAGCUUCCGCUUCUCGAAAGCUCCGGGCCAGCGGCGGUUACGUAACUUACGAAGCAGUUCCAGAGCAACUUCCCCUUCUGAAAGACACGAAAUGCUUCAUGAAGAUGGCGAUACUUACCACUGGGAUAACUCCUGAAAUGAGAGCAGAACUGACCUCCCGAAUAAGAAGAGCUGGAGGUCGACUUUACGACUCGUGGGAUGAUAUCAUCGAGUUUGGCAAAGGACGUUCGGACAUACGUUGGAAACAGAGUCUAAUAAACUCCGACGUGCGAAAAGUAAUCCUUAUUUCAUCCUCCCCCACGACCACUCCGAAGUAUUUGAUGGCGCUUGCGUUGAGGAUUCCUUGUGUAUCGGAACAAUGGAUAUAUGAUCGGUUGAAAGGGCUCGACGUACCUUGGGAGACAUACUUGCAUAUUGCUGGGGUAUCAAAGACAUUGAAUAUGAGUUUGUCACAAGCAUAUAACCCUCGGUGGGAGGAAACCGAUGUGUCAUUGCCUCCUCUUCAGACACGUAGCUCGGCUCGUCAGCCUUUUGCGGGAAAAACGAUGCUUCUGGUGCUUUCUGAUACAAUCGAUCGGGCCAAUCGAGAGCUGCACCGUCAAGUGGCUUGUGCCGCUGGUACUAUCCUGACUGAUCUGGUCACUGCUCUAGACCAAGCCCCACGUCCGCUCGACCAGUACGAUUACGUGCUCAUAGAACCCAGCAGUGAUCCUAUUGCUAAGAAAGCCCAGUCAAAGGGUGCCGGAUUCAUUGUGGGAAUACCUUGGUUUCGAGAGAGCAUCAUCAAAGGGUCUAUUCCAUAUUCUGGACUUCCUGCGGAAACGGACAGCGAAAGCUAGAAUGUGUAGCUCAAUGAGUACAUAUAUCAAUGCAUCUUAUGGUGGAAAUAGAUUUUUAUUUUGCCGGUUGGUUG